AUGCCUUCGAGUUAUGCGAAAAUGCUGAAAAAUUGGAAGAAAAAAAUUCACUGCACUUUUCAUGGAUUGAAUGUUGAACAAGAGAAAGCAAUCACCGAAGCUGUUCUUCGUAUUCUGUUUCUUUACUUUGCGAGAAACGCUAUCUAUAUAACAAUAUUAUCUGGAAUUUUUCUACUUCUCAUCAUUUAUCAAAUACUAAUGUUUCCAUCAUCAUUUUGGAAUAAUCGAACAGUUUUAUUUGGUAUCUCUACGAUUUCCUUGUUUUCAUGUCUUUCUAUGACCACAGUGACAAGAAAUGAACUCUCCAGAUUUUUCGAUACAUCGAUGGACAUUCGGAAUAGUAGAGCAUCCCUUCAAAGGACAUCAGUCGUAACUCUUCAAGCACUUUUCGGUCUUGCCCUUGUUCUGCUCUCCAUUCAGUUUCAUUUCAACGCGCACUACUCGCCGUACGAUAUUGUUCUGACCAUUCUAUGCAUCGUCGUAACAACGAGACUCGUCGUGGUUUUUGUUAUCUGGACGAAUUGCGUCUAUCGGGUCGGCGAGAAAUUGGGCGAGCUGAGAAAGUUUCUGGAGAAGUGUAACGGAAGGACAGAGUACGAGCAUUUGGCACUGAAGAUGAAGGAUACCACCACAUGUCUCGUUCUCCUCAACCGGAAGGUAUCCAUCAUUUUGCUGUUGGGUUUCAUUUUGAUAACAUAUUGUCUACUCCUGACGUUGAAAAAAAUGCUAUCAUCUACAUUGUUUGCGUUCGUGGUUGCUCCAUUUCUACUACUGUUUAUGGUGUGCGCCUACGCUAAUUCCGAGCUUGCAAAAUUGAAAAUUGCAUCUUUACGAUUGUUUGAUUUGCAAUUCAUCACACCUGCAGUGAACUCUUUGGUCAACUAUUUUUGGAUGUCUCGAAAGAUUGAGGAAUUGCCUGAACUUGAAGUGAAGUAUCUGUUCCAUACAACAUUUUCAAAUGUUGUAAAAAUCAUAGUGUAUUGUUCAAUUGUGUUUACAAGUUUUGAGCAUUGUAUCAGUUCUGCUAUCCGAUGUAAAACCCUUUUGUAA